CAAAACGAAAUGAAGUCUUUUAUUUUCUUGUCACCUAUACUUUUAUACCUUCAUCUUCUUUUUCUGUUCACCUUAACUUUAAUAUACUUUGGUUCAAACAAAAUUAUGGCAGUGACAUUAGGAAACCAAACUGAUCAUUUAGCAUUGCUCAAAUUCAAAACAUCAGUAACUAGUGAUCCAUAUACAACUCUUGAAUCUUGGAAUUCUUCCAUCCACUUCUGCAAGUGGUAUGGAAUCACAUGCAGCCCCAUGCAUCAAAGAGUGAUUGAGUUGAACUUAGAUGGGUAUGAGUUACAUGGAUCUUUAUCUCCCUAUGUUGGCAAUCUCACUUUUUUGAAAGCUCUCAACCUAGGAAACAACAGUUUCUUUGGAAAAAUUCCACAGGAAUUAGGUAAGUUGCUACAAUUGCAACAUCUUCGUCUCACCAAUAACUCAUUUGCAGGUGAAAUUCCUACAAACUUGACAUAUUGUUCCAAUCUCAAAUACUUGAAUUUGGGACACAACAAUUUAACUGGCAAAAUACCAAUUGAAAUUGGUUCUUUGAAAAAGCUUCACUUAUUUGUUGUUUGGAAAAACAAUUUAACAGGAGGAGUCUCUUCAUCCAUAGGCAAUCUUUCAACCUUAAUUUCUUUUUCGUGUGCUUUUAACAACUUAGAAGGAGAAAUUUCACAGGAAAUAUGUCGCCUAAAAAGCCUAAAAUUUUUAGGUUUCCCUGCCAAUAAUUUAUCUGGUUUAAUUCCUUCUUGUCUUUACAACAUUUCAACACUUACUACACUUUCCUUGACAGAUAAUAGCUUUCAUGGUUCUCUCCCACCUAACAUGUUCCACACCCUCCCCGAUCUCCAAAUAUUUGAAAUCGCAGGAAAUUAUUUUUCAGGUCCAUUCGUCACUUCCAUAAUAAAUGCAACUUCCAUUAUAACAUUUGAAAUAAGUACAAAUUACCUUGUGGGACAAGUUCCAAGUUUAGGAAGACUAAAAGAUUUACAAAAUCUGAAUUUGGAACAAAACAAUUUAGGCAAUUUAUCCACCGAACUUGAACUACUAUUUCUUGGGGGUAAUAUGAUAUCGGGACAAAUUCCUGCUGACUUAGGUUGUCUAGUUGGCUUAAUUCUCUUAACAAUGGAACUUAAUCAUUUUGAAGGAAAUAUUCCAACUACUUUUGGGAGUUUUCAAAAGAUGCAGCAGUUAAGUUUGAGCGGAAACAAGCUGUCAGGAGAUAUACCAUCCUCUAUAGGUAAUCUUAGUCAAUUGUAUCUUUUGACUUUAAAUCUUAAUAUGCUUGAAGGAAAUAUUCCUCUAAGCUUAGGAAAUUGUCAAAAGUUACAACUUCUAGACCUUUCAGAAAACAAGCUUAUAGGAACCAUACCUUUAGAAGUUUUUAAUCUUGUUUCUUUAACAAACUUAUUAGACUUAUCACAUAACUCUUUCAAUGGUAGCUUAUCAAGAGAAGUGAGUAUGCUAAAAAAUAUUGGUUCGAUAAAUUUCUCUUAUAAUCAUUUGUCGGGGGAGAUUCCGAUAUCUAUUGGUGAAUGCACAACCUUAGAAUACCUUGAUUUGCAAGGGAACUCCUUCAACGGAACAAUACCAUCCUCGUUGGCUUCUCUCAAAGGUCUUCAGUAUUUAGACCUUUCAUUGAAUCAAUUGUCCGGUUCAAUUCCUGAUGUUCUACAAAAUAUCUCAGGUUUAAAACACUUGAAUGUUUCUUUUAACAUGUUGGAAGGUGAGGUACCAACAAAAGGUGUUUUUGGAAAUUCAACCCAAAUAGGAAUGAUUGGAAAUAAAAAGAUUUGUGGAGGCAUUUCACAACUGCAUCUACCAGCGUGCCCCAUCAAGGAUAAAAAACACAGAAAACACCAAAAUUUCUUGUUGAUUGCAGUGAUAGUUGGUGUUCUUUGUUUUCUUCUCAUACUGUCAAUUUUUAUAACUAGCUACUGGAUGAGGAAAAGAUACCAAAAACGAUCUUUUGAUUCAUCGACUAUUGAUCAACUUGAUAAGGUUUCAUACCGAGACUUAUAUCGAGGAACCAAUGGAUUCUCAAUUACAAAUUUAAUUGGAUCAGGAAGUUUUGGGUCUGUGUACAAAGGAAAUCUUGUGUCUGAAGACAAUUUUGUUGCCAUAAAGGUCCUGAAUCUUCAGAAGAAGGGAGCUCACAAGAGUUUUAUUCUUGAAUGCAAUGCACUCAAAAAUAUUAGACACCGAAAUUUAGUCAAGAUUAUAACAUGUUGUUCUAGUUCAGAUUAUAAAGGUCAAGAAUUUAAAGCUCUUGUUUUUUAUUACAUGAAAAAUGGAAGUUUGGAACAAUGGCUGCAUCCUGAGAUUUUAAAUGCAGAGAAUCAAACAACAUUGGACCUCACUCAUAGAGUAAACAUCAUUACCGAUGUUGCUUCAGCAGUACAUUAUCUUCAUCAAGAAUGUGAACAAUUGAUCAUUCAUUGUGAUCUCAAGCCAAGUAAUGUACUUCUUGAUGAUGACAUGGUUGCUCAUGUGAGUGAUUUUGGCAUAGCAAGACUUGUCUCGGUCAUUGAUGAUACCUCUCAUAAGGAUACCAGUACAAUUGGAAUAAAAGGAACUGUUGGCUAUGCUCCUCCGGAGUAUGGAACGGGGUCUGAAGUGUCUGCAUGUGGUGACAUGUAUAGCUUUGGAAUCUUGAUGUUGGAAAUUCUUACUGGUCGAAGACCCACAAAUGAAGUUUUUGAAAAUGGCCAAAAUCUACAUAACUAUGUCGCAACUUCAUUUCCCAAUAAAGUUAUAAAGAUUUUGGACCCGUGUCUUGUAUCAAGAUUUGCAACAGUAGAAAUACAAGAUGGAAAUUGUGAGAUUCUUAUUCCAAAUGUUGAGGAGUGCUUGAUUUCACUUUUUAGGAUUGGACUUUUGUGUUCAAUGGAAUCACCAAAAGAAAGAAUGAAUAUUGUGGAAGUUACAAGAGAGCUUAACAUAAUCAAAAAAGACUUCUCUCGUUGGUGA